GAGAACACGGCGAGCAGUCGAGCGGCGACAGUGGCGAUGCCAGUUGGCUGUAGUUGUGCUGCUGCCAGUGUAGUGGUGUUACCUGUGCCAGGUCUCUUGCUGCCUGCCCCUGCUUUCGGUGCUCCGUUCGCCGCUUUCAACUGCUGGAGGACGCCGCCGCAUGUUGCAUUGUGGAGUGGCCGACAGUUUGUGCUCCCCCUGGUCAAUAUGAGUAUCAUCGGCGCUGGGCAAAGAAGGAGGUACAUAGACGAAGUGCCACGCAGUAGAGAGCUAGUCAGCAACCAGGGGCUUUGUUGCGGGGCUCCGGGCUGCCGCAGACCCACUGAGCCGGCCGUUGGAGCGCAGGCGGCGGCCAGAGAAGUCUCCGCGGCCCACGAGACCGGCAGCAGCGGCAGCGGCCACCGGCGCGCGCGCUACAGCGGCCAGUUGGACGCGCGUCAGCUGCGUAGGCACAACUACAAGUCUUCGGUGCUGCCGGCCAAAAGUUCCGCGCACCUCGAACACAGAUCUCGAACCCGCGCCUCCCGGCCGGGAAUGAACAUGGGCCAGAAAAUAUCAGGCGGAGCUAAGAACGUGAGUCGCGAGAGCCCGCAGCCCUACAAGCCUGUGAUUCCACGCGAACUGGCUCAAGACUUUGCGCGGCCAGCGCGGCUGGACAUGCUGCUGGACAUGCCUCCAGUGAGCCGCGAGUGCCAACUGAAACACGCAUGGAACUCUGAGGACAGAUCCCUCAACAUAUUCGUCAAGGAGGAUGACAAAUUGACUUUCCAUCGCCACCCUGUGGCGCAAAGCACAGACUGCAUUAGGGGUAAAGUCGGCUUCACCAAAGGGCUUCACGUCUGGGAAAUCCACUGGUCCACGAGGCAGCGGGGGACGCAUGCUGUCGUUGGCGUGGCGACCCAGGAUGCACCUUUGCAUUCUGUCGGCUAUCAGAGCCUGGUGGGCAGCAACGAACAGUCAUGGGGUUGGGACCUGGGGCGCAACAAGCUGUACCACGACAGCAAAAACAGCGCCAGCGGGGUUACCUACCCGGCGCUGCUCAAGCCCGACGAGACUUUCAUCGUGCCCGACAAGCUGCUGGUGGUGCUCGACAUGGACGAGGGCACCCUGGCGUUCGUCGUUGACGGCCAGUACCUGGGGGUCGCCUUCCGAGGCCUCAAAGGCAGGAAACUGCACCCGAUCGUCAGCGCUGUCUGGGGACACUGCGAGAUCACUAUUAAGUACAUCGGCGGCCUUGACCCUGAGCCUUUGCCUCUGAUGGACCUUUGUCGGCGAGUGAUACGGCAAGGUGUAGGAAAGGAGCAGCUGGAGGAGCGGAUCCACGAGCUGUGCUUGCCGCCGGCGUUGGAGACAUACCUCUUGUACAAAGACCGCAGAUAGCCCGGCUAGUUUGCGCGCGGGCAGGCACAAGAUGACGCCACCAGUUUGGCUCACAGACUCUGUUUUUCCGUUUUCCGUUUCUUGUGCAUACUGAUGAUGAUGAAUAAGAAGAAAGUUCAAGUUGAACCGACGCGCGACGACUUCGCAGCGGCUGACUCGUUGGAACGAGCUCGUUCUUUUUAUUUUCACUGAUGCUGAUUUGUAAACUAUUUAAAACACUUUGGUUUCUUUGCCAUACCACACAAAUGACGACGACGACAACGACUACCAAGAAAGAUCAAUCUCGCUUGCGUAUUAUUAAUUUCUAGGGAUCUCCUUCGCGAUGACGGGCAUUUUUAUGUUCCUGUAAAUACAAUACACAACUACUCAAUGGAAAAGAAUUCUCACGGUUCGAACGAUAAAGAAAGAAAGAGAGAGAAAGAGUAAGCGCGCGCGCGGAACGUUGCAAAAAUGUGAGUUGUUGGACUCACACAAGAUUGUGUUUUAAUUAUUAUUAUUAUGAAAGAGAGAAGAACUUAUAAAGUUUUUCGUUUCAUCGGAAAAUGCUGGCCCGGCCUUGGUUUGUGAUAUUAUUCCAUGUUUGGCCGAAAUUCGGCUGCAUUUAUGUUGUUCAAUUUCUAGUUGAUUUGAUUCGUUUUUAUUUAAAAUUGAAACUGUUUUCCGUCUCAGUUCAGACGCAGUUGUAGCUAAAAAAAUUACCCUGACUGCAUUUGCAAGCCAGCUGGCGGCCAAGGCUGGGUUCAAAAGAAAGAGUGUCGUUUGUGUCGUGAAUUGAACUGUGAGUGCGUGAGCUGUAAUUACGGUUAAUUUACUUGAAAGAAGACAAAGCAGCGUCGCCACUGACUGUCUGUCGGAGAAGAUGUAACAAAAAAGCAACAACCUCAUCUUGUAAUAAAUAACUCUUUAAUUAUCAUUUCUCUGCUUAACAAAAUCGAUUAAAUUUAGUUUCAAAUUUUUUAUAUCAAAUUAAGCGCAUGCUUUGCUGUAUUGACAAACUGAUAGAACAGUUUUAUUGAUGUUUGUAGAGUAAAAAAAUCAUCCAAUUGUAAAAAGCUGAA